UCUUGAUUUCAUUAUUAUGCAGAAAAAAGAUAGAGAAACGGAUCUUUUCUCGGGUUACCGUAUUUUUACUCAUUUUUGAUGGCUACUCCACCUGCAAGGGCUAGAGCUGAUUAUGAUUACCUUAUAAAACUUCUCCUAAUCGGUGAUAGCGGGGUGGGUAAAAGUUGCCUUCUUUUGCGAUUUUCUGAUGGAUCUUUUACAACCAGUUUUAUUACUACUAUUGGGAUUGACUUUAAGAUAAGAAAUAUUGAGUUUGACAGCAAGCGUAUCAAACUACAAAUCUGGGAUACUGCUGGACAGGAACGGUUCAGAACUAUAACAACAGCUUACUACCGUGGAGCCAUGGGCAUUUUGUUGGUGUAUGAUGUUACCGAUGAAUCAUCCUUUAAUAAUAUCAGAAACUGGAUCAGAAACAUUGAACAGCAUGCCUCUGACAAUGUCAACAAGGUUCUCGUUGGAAAUAAGGCUGAUAUGGAUGAAAGUAAGAGGGCAGUGCCUACCCCCAAGGGUCAAGCACUUGCUGACGAGUAUGGAAUCAAAUUCUUUGAGACUAGUGCAAAAACAAAUCUAAAUGUGGAGCAGGUUUUCUUUUCCAUAGCGAGGGAUAUAAAAGAAAGGCUUUCUGAAACUGACACAAGACCCGAGCCUUCAACAGUUAGGAUUAACCCAACAGACCAGCCUGAAACCGCACCAAAAUCAGCUUGCUGUGGUUCUUAAGAGAAUUCAUAAUUUGCCCUCAAAGUGAUAGCGCGCAAGUGGUGUAUGCUGGAGAAGGCAGCAAACCCAUCUUGUUGGAUCUAAACAACUAUUGGUUACAUUAAUCGAUGAAAGAAGGCAGCAGGCAGUUUGCUUAUAUUUAGUUUCUUCUUACUUUUUGUGUUCUGUGUGUUUUCAUUUACUAUUCUUCUCAUCUGCUACUUGAUGUAGAGUGUGAAAGGUAGUAGCAUCUGUUUCCUUCACUUGUUUGAUGAAUUCAUAAUAUAUAUUGUUGUCAUCUCUUCCCUUAUACGUACAAAAAAAAGAAAGAUAUAUGUCGUUCUGUUCUA